AUGCGAGCUUUGCGGCGGCUUAGACCACGUGCUGUGAAAGCGGCUGGCGAGAAUGAAAGCGGGAGCGGUUACGUCGAGGGAGGAGGGGAGACGAGUGGAGUAGAACCUGUAGCUCGUGAGGGGCUGGGUGCGGAAGGGGGGUUGUCAGCUAUUGGCUCGGGACGGCGAAGCAGGUGCCGAAGCAGAUCAGGUGGUUCGGAUGAUACCGGCUCGGGGAAGGAGGAAAGGCGAGGUCCAGGAAGUUCGGGGAAGGGGGGAACCGUUGGCCGGCGCAAGUGGCUGCCGAAGGAGCCUGGAGCAAUGCAAGGCGGGAAAGUAGAUUUUGAUGAUCGAACGGUUGAGAAGCACCAGGGAGAGGCAGAUCAACGGUCAGGAUGGGAGGUAGCGCAAGAGCCGCUCGAGGCUGCGGCGCUUAGCGAGGAUGACGCGGGAUUCGGGGGGAAAAGCGGAACCGGAGAGGUCGUAAGUGAGACAGCUGACGCGGCUGAAUACCGUCGCAUGGAGCGAAGCUUCGGGGAACGAGCGCAGGAGAUGGAUCCGGAGGAGCUUAGGCUGGCGAGGCAGCGGGUGGCCGAUCUUAUUCGUGCCGGGGAUGAUGUGGAACAGGUGAGAGAUGACGUGGCACAGACUUUCGGAUUUGUGCUCAUGGAGAGAAGUCCAAGUUCCCCAGUCACCAAGCGAAAGGCUUGUAGUGAGGUUGACGCCCCUUGUGUCAACCUGACCAACCAAUUCCUCCCCUCUUGUCUGAGACGCUGGGUGCACGGGGUGCUGGGUUGGUGCAUGAGACUUUGGUUUGGUGUGGUGCACGGGACUCUGCGUUGGUGCGUGCAGGAGAUUGUGCGGCUGGGCAGGGAGGGCGCGCUGAACGAUGCUCUCAUCCUCGUGAUUCAGAACCGCCUCAACUUCGCCCGGCAUGAUAAUGAGCGCCACGUGGUGCAGUGCCUCGAUCUCUUGCUGCGCCGCAUCGAGGCAGAGAGGGAGGCGCAGCAAGCCACACCCGCCCUACGCCUUCUCAACACCCUCCUGCACCUUGCGGAUGACCUCAGCGCUGACAUCAGCACCUCCGGCUACGACCAAUGGCAGCGCGAGGCGCGUGAUGCCAUGAGAGCAGUGUUUCUGCCGGAGGACCCGUUCACGGUGGUCAUGCCGAUGGUGAAUGGCACAGACGCUCCAUCAGCAUCAACCCCAUGGAAUGACCUCGGUGGUACGGCUGAUUCGGGCGCAAGCAUGGGUGGUGAGAGCACGCUUCUUCGAAUCGACUUUAUCCGGGAGCUGGAGGAGCUUUUAGAAAUUGUUGAAGCUGAUGCUGCAGCCGCUGCUGAGGUUAUCACCAAAUCUUUCAACUUCCCGCUAGACGGUCCACCAGAAUCAGAAGUUAACGGCAACACAGUUAUUGAGGAAGAUGGGGGUUCAUGGGGUGACCUCGAUGCCGACAAAGUGGCAUUGAAACUACGCCUAGAGGAGCGCUUGCAACUUCCUUCCUCUCGCCUGCGUCGUUCUGCCUGCAGCAUGUGGGAUGGCAACACCGCAUCGACACCCAUAGAAGGACCCAUACCGCCUGACAUUGCCACUUUCACUGCGCUCUCCGUUCUGGACCUCCCGUCCAACGCCAUCAAUGGAACCAUUCCAGUGCGCACUUUCCAGCAACUCAAGCAGCUGCAGAUACUGGAUCUGUCCCAGAAUAACCUUGUGCCGCCCUUUCCAGCUCGCGCAUUGCAGUACAUGACGGGCCUGCAACAUCUCUCCAUCAUUAGGGCUGUUGACCUCAUUGAUAGCUUCGCCUCCUUCUCUUCGCUCUCGCGCCUCUCGCUCUUGCAGCACCUGGAUCUGGCAUCGUUGCACAACAUGACGGGCCGCCUCGAAGACAUGACCUUCCUCACAUCGCUUCCUAAGCUGCGCCAUCUGCGUUUCGGGGAUAUGAACGUGCAGGGGGAGCUUCCCCCGGAGCUCAUCCUUCUUGAUAAGCUCACAUACCUCGACCUGAGCUACCUCUAUUUCAACGACGUGCCUCUCUGGCUAGGGACCUUCACCAACCUCCGAACUCUAAACUCAUGUGGACUGCUCUGCUGUGCCCAGUGCUUCACCCAUGUGGCCUGGUCACAGCAGUUUCUUGUCAUGAAUCGGUUACCGUUGCUCAUCUCACCCUGUCCCCUCAUCCUUUCUUCAUGCAUCCUCACUCUUUGCCCCUGGGCUCUCACCCUUGUCCUCUGGGCUCUCAUCCUUGCCUCCUGUGCUCUCACCCUGCCUCCUGUGCUCUCACCACGCCGCCUGUGCCCUCACCCUGCUCUCUGUGCUCCCACCCUGCUCUCUGUGCUCUCACCCUGCUCCCUGUGCUCUCACCCGGCUCUCUGUGCUCUCACCCUGCUCCCUACGCUCUCACCCUGCUCCCUACGCUCUCACCCUGCUCCCUACGCUCUCCCCCUGCGCCACUACCAGUGCCAACCCGGGCUCGCGCAACAUGCGUUCAGUGCCAUCUCGGACACGCGCAACAUGCGCUCAGGGGCUGUGCCGCAGGACCUCUCUCGCCUCUCGCACCUCGUGGAGUUUAAGGCAGGAGGGAACGGUCUCGUUGGCUUCCUCCCCGACUCAUGGGCCUCCCUCACUGCCCUCACACUGCUGGAUCUCAAGGAAAACGGCCUACUGGGCUCCAUCCCAAACGCCUUCUCCAACCUCCAGAGCCUCGGCACACUAGACCUGUCUCUCAACCAGAUGAGCGGCUCGCUGCCCACCUCCUUCAGUCCCGCCCUUCAGUACCUCUGGCUCAACGACAACCAUUUCCAAGGCUCCCUGCCAUCUGCCCUCAGCAGUCUGUCAUCUCUCUUCUCACUGAAGCUGGGUACCAACCGCCUUACCGGAUCAAUUCCCAAGGACUUCACAGGGCUCGUGGCCCUCACAGAGUUGUCGCUGAGCGUCAACCAGCUGUCAGGAGGGCUUGAAGUCAUCGCCAACACGCCAUCUCUCAACACCAUUGAAAUGGGUUCCAACAAUUUCUCGGGGUUGCUGUCUGCGGAGUUCUCCAAUCUCGCCUCUCUCUUGAGCUUCGAGGUUAAUAACAACAGCCUGUCAGGAGGGCUUCCGCCAGUGCUUCUGGACCUCACCGCACUCAUAGGACUUGACUUGUCAUACAACAGACUCCAGGGGUCCAUUCCACUCGCCCUCACCAAGCUCACCAAUCUGCAGUUUCUGCAUUUGGAGCACAACCAAUUCUCCGGGGAGGUGCCGGCCUUCCUCUUCCAAUUCCCCGCACUCGUAGAGCUGUACCUCUCAGACAAUCAUUUCCAAGGCAGCAUUCCUCAAAGCCUCGAUGCCAGUACCACGCUUGGCACUCUCAAUCUAGAGGGCAACUCGUUCAGUGGUCCUCUGCCUGACUUCGCCCAGUGGAACACCAGCCUCACCGCUCUGUACGCCUCUGCACCGUGCAGUAACGUCGUCCACUCUCUUCAAACACAUAGGAGCUUUCUCUCUGCUCUGCACCCAUCUGCACCGCAUCCCUGCCUCACCUCCCUUCUUCCGUUCUCUUAUCCGCUUCUCUUUGCCCUCCCUUCUGCGAGCUUUCUUACCUCAUUUUGGUUCACUGAGAAUGUUGAUGUGGUCUGA